GUAAUACACCUUGGAGCCGCCGACCUCCGGCGAACAUGUGUCUGUCCCGAACUUCCACCACAUAGUUUGGAGCAGCGGUCGGUACCGAGAGCGGGACGUGGACGUGGGGGGGAACCACCGUGUGAGAGCGGGCUACCAUGGAAAAAGUCUGUAAAGAUGCCAAGACGAACCCGGCGGCCACGGCCGGCCUCUGGUCCAAGGUGUUUUUCUGGUGGCUGAAUCCUUUGUUCCACACCGGCUACAAACGCAGGCUGGAGGAAGAUGACAUGUACGAAGUGCUCACCGAGGACAAGUCGGACAACCUGGGCCAGGACCUGCAGAGAUACUGGGAUCACGAGGUCCAGAAGGCGACCAAAGAGAUGCGGAAACCGAGACUCUCCAGAGUCAUCAUUCGGUGCUACUGGAAACGUUACGCGGUGCUGGGAUUCUUUACGCUGAUCGAGGAGGUGAUGAAAGUGAUCCAGCCAGUUUUCCUCGGACAGCUGAUUCGGUACUUUGAGACUUACGACCCAAACGACAUGAUCGCCCUGUACGAGAACCUCGGCUACGCGGCCGGGCUGUCCGUCUGCACCAUCGGCCUGGCGCUGCUCCAUCACCUGUACUUCUACCACGUCCAGAGGGCCGGCAUGAAGAUCAGAGUGGCCAUGUGUCACAUGAUCUACAAGAAGGCUCUGUGUCUGAGCACGUCAGCCAUGGGAAAGACCACCACGGGACAGAUCGUCAACCUCCUGUCCAAUGAUGUCAACAGGUUUGAUGAUGUGACCAUCUUUCUGCACUUCCUGUGGGUGGGGCCCCUUCAGGCAGCGGUAGUCGUGGGGCUGCUGUGGGUCGAGAUCGGUCCCUCGUGCUUGGCGGGCAUGGUGGUCCUCAUGUUCUUGAUGCCCACCCAAACCAUGUUCGGAAGACUCUUCUCAAAGUUCAGAAGUAAGACGGCCGUUCUCACCGACAGCAGAAUCCGCACAAUGAACGAAGUGGUGUCUGGAAUUAGGAUAAUCAAGAUGUACGCCUGGGAGAAGCCCUUCGCUGCUCUGGUCUCUGACGUCAGAAGGAAGGAGAUCUCCAAGAUCAUGAAGAGCUCCUACCUGCGCGGUCUCAACAUGGCCUCCUUCUUCUGCGCCAGCAAGAUCAUCGUCUUCAUCACGUUCACCGUCUACGUUCUCCUGGGAAACACCCUCACAGCCAGCCGCGUGUUCGUGACGGUGUCUUUGUACACCGCCGUGCGACUCACCGUCACGCUCUUCUUCCCCAGCGCCGUCGAGAAGCUGUUUGAGACUCGCGUCAGCAUCCGAAGGAUUCAGGAGUUCUUGAUGUUGGAUGAGAUCACAAAACGGAGCACCGCUUUGCCGGAUGAGAAGGAUAAGAAGAGGGACGCAGCUGUGGAGGUCCAGGAUCUGACCUGCUACUGGGACAAGAGUCUGGAUGCUCCGUCUCUGCAGAACAUCUCCUUCAGCCUUAACUCAAAUCAGCUGGUGGCUGUAAUCGGACCAGUGGGUGCUGGGAAGUCGUCCCUACUGAGCUCCAUCCUGGGAGAGCUUCCAGCUGAGAAGGGGGUGCUGAAAGUGAGCGGCCAGCUGACCUAUGCUGCCCAGCAGCCGUGGGUUUUUCCCGGAACCAUUCGCAGCAACAUCCUGUUUGGAAAGGAGCUCAACCCCCAGAAGUAUGAAAGAACCAUCAGGGCCUGUGCUCUGAAGAGGGACCUGCAGCUGCUCCCUGAUGGAGACCAGACGCUGAUCGGGGACCGAGGAGCCACGCUCAGCGGGGGACAGAAAGCUCGUGUCAACCUGGCCAGGGCUGUGUAUCAAGAUGCAGACAUCUACCUCCUGGACGACCCUUUGAGUGCCGUCGACGCCGAGGUCGGAAGACACCUCUUUGAACAGUGUAUCUGCGGCCUGCUGAAGAACAAGCCUCGUGUCCUGGUCACGCACCAGCUGCAGUACCUGAAGGCAGCGGACCAGAUUGUCGUCCUAAAGGAGGGUCACAUGGUGGCGAAGGGAACAUACAAAGAGCUGCAGCAGUCCGGAGUGGACUUCACCUCGCUGCUCAGGAAGGAGGAGGAGGAGGAGCAGCAGCCUCUCCAAGACGUCCCCGGCAGGAGCAGAACUCUCUCCCAGAUCUCUGUGCUCUCUCAGACCUCCUCCGUCCAAUCAGUCAUGGAUGGAGACCAUUUACCGGCAGAGACGGUGCAAACGGUAGCGGAGGAGAGUCGAGCUCAGGGGACCAUUGGAAUGCGUCUGUACGUGAAAUACCUCCGAGCUGGAGCCAGCAUCGUGACUCUGCUGGCCGUCAUGCUGGUCAACAUACUGGCUCAGGUGGCAUACAUCAUGCAGGACUGGUGGCUGGCUUACUGGGCUGACGAGCAAGAAAAGUUACUCCCUAACGGCACCAUCACCUCGAACGGACAAAACGCCACCGAAGGGCUAAAUCUGGAUUUCUACCUGGGAAUCUAUGCAGGUUUGACUGCAGCCACCAUCAUUUUUGGCUUCUUAAGGAAUCUGGUUCUGUUCAACGUGCUGGUGAGGUGUGCACAGGCCCUGCACAACCUCAUGUUCAACGCCAUACUCAGAACCCCUGUGCGCUUCUUCGACAUCAACCCGAUCGGAAGAAUCUUAAACAGAUUUUCCAAGGACAUCGGCCAGCUGGAUUCCAACAUGCCGUGGACCUUUGUGGACUUCAUUCAGGUCUUUCUCCAGAUUCUCGGGGUCAUCGCUGUAGCAGCAUCGGUUAUCCCCUGGAUCCUCAUCCCCGUCGUACCUCUCCUCCUGGCCUUCCUCUACUUGCGUCGCUACUUCCUGCACACGUCCAGAAACGUCAAACGCCUCGAGUCCACCACUCGGAGUCCAGUCUUCUCCCACCUGUCCUCGUCUCUUCAGGGCCUGUGGACGAUCCGAGCCUUCGGCGCUGAGGAGAGAUUCCAGAAAGCAUUUGAUGCCCAUCAGGACCUGCACUCAGAGGCGUGGUUCCUGUUCCUGACUACUUCUCGCUGGUUUGCUGUACGCCUCGAUGGCCUCUGCUCCAUUUUCGUGACCAUCACCACGUUUGGCUGCCUGCUGCUCCGAGACCAGCUGGAUGCUGGUUCUGUUGGUUUGGCUCUGAGCUACGCCAUCACCCUGAUAGGCAUGUUUCAGUGGGGUGUCAGGCAGAGUGCAGAGGUGGAGAACAUGAUGACUUCAGUGGAGAGAGUGGUAGAGUACACUGAGCUGGAGAGUGAAGCACCCUGGGAAACCCAGAAACGGCCUCCCCCUAAUUGGCCGAGCAAAGGCCUGGUGACCUUCGACCAGGUCAGCUUCUCCUACAGCCCUGAAGGACCGCUGGUGCUGCACAACUUGAGUGCGAUGUUCAGGCCCAAAGAGAAGGUUGGUAUUGUGGGCAGAACAGGUGCUGGGAAAAGCUCCCUGGUCUCAGCUCUGUUCCGCCUGACAGAACCUCAGGGAAAGAUCUACAUCGAUGGUGUUGUGACCUCUGAGAUCGGCCUCCAUGACCUGCGCCAGAAGAUGUCCAUCAUCCCUCAGGACCCAGUGCUGUUUACAGGCUCCAUGAGGAAGAACCUGGACCCCUUCAACCAACACACAGAUGAAGAACUGUGGAACGCUCUGAAAGAGGUGCAGCUCAAGCCCGUGGUGGAGGAGCUGCCCGGUAAGCUGGAGACGGUUCUGGCUGAGUCGGGCUCCAACUUCAGCGUGGGUCAGAGGCAGCUGGUGUGUUUGGCCAGAGCCAUCCUGAGGAAGAACCGCAUCCUCAUCAUCGACGAGGCCACGGCCAACGUGGACCCCAGGACGGAUGAGCUGAUCCAGAAAACCAUACGGGACAAGUUCAGAGAAUGCACCGUGCUCACCAUCGCUCACCGCCUCAACACCAUCAUAGACAGCGACCGCAUCCUGGUUCUGGAUGCGGGGGAGAUCCACGCCUAUGACGAGCCUUACGCCCUGCUGCAGGAUUCAGAUGGGAUCUUUCAUAAGAUGGUUGAGCAGACGGGCAAACAGGAGGCUGCAGCUCUGCUCAUAGCAGCUAAGCAGGUUUACACGAGCAGAAGCCGUCCGAACGUGUCAAACGGACAUGCAGAAGCAGCAGACGGUAGCCUGGUUAUCUUUGAGACAGCUCUCUAAGCUCAGGAAGAGCCACUGCUACGCCAGAGGGCUCCAGAAGGUGCCUGCGCUUGUACACUGGCCUCCCAGUGAACGCACCCACCCACCCACUGCAGCCGGUGAGGAGACUGGAGCACAGGACCUACAGAGAGGCUGCAGCCUCGAGGGCCUUGAAUGUCUGAACCAAACGCGCGCAUUUAAUGCUGUUUGUUCAAGCUCACAGAGCUGAGAAAUCACUGCUGUCAGAACUGUUGAUGCAGAGCACUAUUUAUUUUUUACUGCUUUAUAUUUAUCAAGCUAAAUGGCUGCUCAGUACGCUGAGGAAAUCGUUUUUAAAUGGCCGCAUAAUCCUUACAAACCUGAGUGCCUUAUUUUAAAUCUGCAGCACUUUGAAUGGUUCAAUCUACACGUACUGAUAUACCUGUAGCCAACGUUGCCUUUGUGUUUGUGAACACACAGGUUCACCAGAACCUAAAGCCCUCUGCAGACAUAGGAGACCCAACACAGUUCGUUCAAGUGAAGGCAUUUUGUUUUUUCGACUUUGGUCACUUUUCCGUUAAUGUUUGUCGCGACGUCAUCCAGACAUACCAGCCACAGACUGGACCACACACCCGGCCAUGUCUAAUACACAAGACUAUGUGUAAAGUCAAAGCAGCUCAUUUAUUUAUGAUGUAACGGUGACCUUGUAAGCUCAGGACAACAACAACUAAUUAUUCAACUACACCUCAUAAACUGUGUGUGUCUGUGUGCAGCUGAGACCGGUGCCAAGCUGGAAGUGAUACAGGAAUGUUAGUGAGCCUGGCAUCGUACGACUGUCGGCACGACUUUAAAGGAAAAGUGACCUGGGUGUUCAUCUGGGUGUUCAUUCACAUAUGAAGCCGACACGUUCAUGUGCGGGGAGGGGGGGGGGUAGACAGAUUUAACUGCAGCAAAAAAUGUUUUCAACUUUGAUGCCUUGACUAAUCUAAACACACAUUUUCCAGAUUUUAGGAACAGUCUAAAAGGAAGAUUUUUACCACUAAUGUUUUGGACCUUGUAUUUGAACUCCACUGAUUUUAGAGUUUACAGGGGAAGGAAUCUGAACACAGCUGCUACAGAUGAUGUGGAGUUUGUUGAAUGACUUUGAUCUGUUAAUAACAUGUUGAGACUUGUUAUGUUAUCUGCCAAUUUGUACAUUUGUAUUGUCAAAUUCUAUAUAAAAGAUGCAUUACACACACAA